AUGGCGCUAUCAAUGUCCAGUCCGCGCUUCGUCUUCUCCGCGGCCAUUGCCCUGCGCGCCGUCCUGCUCGUCUACGGGUUAUUCCAGGACGCCUUCUCCCCUCUCAAGUAUACAGACAUCGACUACUUCGUCUUCACCGAUGCCGCGCGCUUCAUUGCCCAGGGGAAAUCGCCGUACGCGCGCGAUACGUACAGGUACACGCCUCUGCUCGCUUGGCUCAUCUACCCGACCACGUGGUCAGGUUGGUUCUGCUACGGCAAGGUCCUGUUCGCCCUGGGCGAUGUCGUUGCCGGCUAUCUCAUCCUGCUCAUUCUCCGCUCCACUGCUAAGAUGCCGACGGAGCGGGCGCUGAAGUUUGCAAGCAUCUGGCUGCUGAACCCCAUGGUAGCACAGAUCAGCACCCGGGGCAGCUCCGAGGGCUUGCUCGGCGUGCUUGUCACGGCGUUGCUGUGGGCCGUCACGCAGAGGCGCAUCGAGCUUGCUGGGUUCCUGCUCGGGUUUUCCGUUCAUUUCAAAAUCUAUCCCUUCAUUUAUGCUCCUGCUAUUGUUUGGUGGUUGGACAAUGAGCGUCUGGGCAAGCCCAGCCCCAGCGGUGACAGCAAGUCAGCUUCGGUGCAGUCCAAAAUCCUGGCCUUUUUCAAUAAAGAGCGCAUCAUCCUCGCCGUGUACAGCUUGGCCACAUUUAUGGCCUGCAAUGUUCUCAUGUACUACGCCUACGGAUUCCCCUUUCUGCAACACACCUACCUCCACCACGUCACACGGAUUGACCAUCGCCACAACUUCUCGCCCUACAACACGCUGCUGUACCUGAACUCCUCUCCACAAGGCUCUUCCUCUCUACGCCUCGAAUCCCUGGCCUUCGUGCCGCAGCUGCUCCUCAGCACCGUGGCCAUCCCCCUCGCCCUCGCGAAGAAAGACCUCCCCUCGACCCUCCUCGCCCAAACCUUCGCCUUCGUCACCUUCAACAAAGUCUGCACGAGCCAGUACUUCCUGUGGUACCUCGUCUUCCUGCCGUUCUACCUGCCGGAGUCCUCGCUGCUGCGCAACCCGACCAAGGGCCUCGCUGCCGCGGCGUUGUGGGUGGUUGGCCAGGCGCUGUGGCUCCAGCAGGGCUACCAGCUCGAGUUUUUGGGGAACUCGACGUUCGUCCCCGGGCUGUGGGCCUCGAGCAUCGUGUUCUUCCUGAUCAACUGCUGGAUCCUGGGCACCAUUGUCACGGACGUGGGGCGUGGAGAACAGGGGAGAGAGGCAACAGAGAAGAAAGCCUUGCAGUGA